AUGGAGGAUGGAACAGAGCAGACGAAUUCCGCAGUUGGUGAUUGGCAUUCGAUUCAAGGUGAUCUUGUUAUUGUUUUUGCAAUUGUUCCUUUUGUUAGUGAAGACAUUGUGGAUGGUUCAGUGAGUUCAGAUCAAGUAGAUAUAGAUGUUGAUGGAUCUUCAUCAAUUCCAGUUGAUCAAGAUUUGGUUGGUUUGGUAGUAAGUAAUGCUGAUGAGGCUUUUGAGGUGUAUAACAGUUAUGCAUAUAGACUUGGUUUUAGUGUGAGGAAGGGUCAUCAACGAUACAAGGAAUCUACGAACACAAUUCAAAUGAAGAAAUUUUGUUGUUCUGAGGCUGGUUAUAAGGCAAACAGUGGGGUUAAGGCUUAUUCCAAAAUUGACACAAGGACAGGGUGUGGAGCGUUUGUUCAAUUUGACGUGGGUGAUGAUGGGUUGUGGACAGUUACAAAACACGAGAAAGUGCACAAUCACGAGUUAUAUGUGUUCAACAAGAGUCAUCUACUUCGUUCACAUAGGAGUGUCGGAGAUAAUCAGCUCUUAUAUUUACAAGGUUUGAAGGACAGUGGUGUUGCAUUGGCAGAUGGUAUUAGGAGGAGGCAGUCUACCGAGACUGAUUUUUUCUUUGAUUUUGAACUUGAUUUGGAUGCAAGGUUUUUGAUGAAUGAGAGGAUAGAAUCGUUUGUGUGGUUGUUUAAAGAGUUUUCAAGAUCAAUGGGUGGCAAGUCUCCACAGACUAUUAUGACAUAUCAAUGUGCAGCUAUGGCUGCUGCUAUAUCUAAAGUGUUUCCAACAUCACGUCAUCGUCUUUGCAUAUGGCAUAUUGAGAUCGAAGCUGAAUUUCAAUUCUAUUGGACAAGGUUGGUGACUGACUAUAAAUGUCACAAGAAUACUUGGUUAGAAAAGCUAUUUGAUUGUAGGGAGAAGUGGUGUCCAACAUUUAACAAGGACUAUUUUUCUGGGGUCAUUCUAUCAUCACAAAGGAGUGAAACUACAAAUCAUUCGAUUUCUAGAAGGUUGUCCAAGACAGCGGGUCUUUGUGAUUUCUAUUCAUCGUUUGUAAGCGUAAUUUCUGAAUGGAAAAGUAAAGAGAACGGUGAAGACUUUCGGUGUGCUCAAGGGGUACCCGCUAUGAUGAUGGAGCAUGUGAAACUUCUUUCACAUGCUAGAGAGGUAUACACGAUUGAGAUAUAUUUUCUGUUUGAGGAACAAUUCAUGAAAGGCAGUGCGUGUCAUCAAGAGAUGGUGUUGAAUGAUGGCCGUCAACAGAAGUAUCACGUGUGGCGGCCAGAUAUAGAUAUUAUAAGGCAUGAGGUUAGUUUUAACGCAGCCAACUUGGACAUUUCUUGUAAUUGCAAGUUGAUGUCUGAGUUGGGAAUUCUAUGUUGUCAUUGUAUACGCAUUCUUCACGUACAUUGUGUUUCUAGUAUCCCCGACAAAUAUAUACUUAAAAGAUGGACUAAAAAGGUUAUUGAUGGUAGGAAUGUCAACAUUGAUUCUAUGGUUUAUAAUUUUGGUGUUCCUCCAUCAAUUUGGGUGUUCGAUAUUAGUAGAAAAUUUCAAAGAUUAGUUGUGUCUAGUCAAGAUAGCAGCGUAGCUAGGAAAUUGUGUGACGAAGCUGUUGAUGAUGUAAAGAAAAAGGUUGAAGCCGAGGUUGGGCAUGUGCAUAUUGAAGAGUGUGGUGUUUCAUCUUCAAGUGGUGGUGUUCAAAAUCCUUCAAGUCGGAGAUUGAAAUGUGAGCGUAACAAAAGGAGGAGUGGUGUUAUUGAAAAGAAGUACAGUCUUGCAAGGGGGAGAAGGAGUGCUGCAAAUAAAGCUGCAUUGAGUACAAAGGGUGCUGUUCAGUGUUUGGUGUUGGAAAACAUAUCCAAGCUUGCUGGGGAUGGAUACCUUGUACAUCCAAGUUCUUCAAGUUCAGAUUUUGUUCAGUUUAGUAAGGGUUUAGAUGACAAUGUAGGUGUAGAUUGA